CUCUCAUACGCUUUCUCUGCUUUCUUCGACGGAGCGACUUGGAGGAAGGCUCGACAGAGAAGUAACCCGUCUCGAACUGAAUGUCUGUGAGGACCCCUUGUCAUGUCCGCUUAGCCCCCCUGCGUGAUGCCUGAUCAUGACAGCACCACCCUCCUAACAAGACAGACCAAGCGCAGACGUGUCGACAUCGGGGUGAAAAGGACCGUGGGCAGUGCGUUAUUCGGCCGCGCCAGGGAGACCCUGCUCGACAGCAUGAACCAAUCGCACGGCAUGGAUCAGGACGGAGACUGUUCGUUAGUCGGCCACGGCCACGGGGGAAACAACAUGGACGGGGAGAAGUCCAACGUUCUGAGGAAGCUGCUCAAGAGAGCAAACUCGUAUGAAGAUGCCAUUAUGCCUUUUCCCGGCGCCACCAUCAUCUCCCAGCUACUGAAGAAUAACAUCGGGAAGAAUGGAGGGAGCGACUCGGGCUUCCAGGGGAGUGGAGCUCUGUCCAGUGGAGGUUCAGAGAUCCAGGCAGAAGACGCUUGCAGCAACUCUUCUCAUGACCGGGACAGCCCCUCAGACUGCCUCUCUCCCGGGCCUCCUCUUCCCCCUCCGCCAUCCUCUUCCUCCUUCGGGCGUCCACCUCCUUCUUCCAGUCUCAACUCCCACGCUCCCUCCCAGCAGCCCCUCUCCCUCUCCACCUUCGACUUGGACAGGCUGACGGACGAGCACCUCCGCGCUAAGCGUGCCCGUGUCGAGAACAUCAUCCGCGGUAUGAGCCACUCGCCGCUGGUCCGGUCCAACACCAGCGACCACAACCAAGAGAGCAACCGCGAGAACGAGAACAGCAGCAACAACAGCAGCAGCAGCAACGACCACAGAGGAGACGGGAACAGACACAACACCAGCAGCCUCAACCACAGCCGGAGCGACGGGCCGUCUUCCCUCCUGAGCUCUCCGGGUUCGCGGGGCGGCGUGGUCAGCGUUGGGGAGGUUUACAGGGAGAAUAAGAGGAAGCAGCGUCUGCCUCAGCAGCAACACAGCUUCACCCAGCUGGUGUGCUCCAGGCAGGAGCAGAGACAGGAGGAGAGACGGCAGCUCAAACUGCAGCUGGAGGACAUGCAGAAACAGCUACGUCAACUUCAGGAGAAGUUCUACCAGAUCUACGACUCUGAGACCGAGGAAGAGGACGACAACGGUGAGACUGACCGAGUGAGAGAGCGAGAGGAGGACGGCAACUUGUCAGAGGACAGCAUUCGCUCUGACGGCCUGGAGGAGAGGCACCGAAACAGAGGCCGGCACAGCCACGACGACCUCUCAGAGCUGGACCCGGGCCUCUUCCUGGACCGGGCCAGAGCUCUCCUCCGAGAACAGGCCCUGAUAGACGGAGAACUGGAGGAAGAUGUGGACGCCAGGGAGGAAGAGGAGAGGAAUGGGGACAAGGUGAUGAAGAGGAGAGGAGCAGGAGGAAGGCAGCUAGCAGAGACCCUGAAGCAGGAGCUGAACUGUGCCGUGUCGCAGGUCGUUGACACCGUGGUCAAGGGCUUCUCCUCGCCGAAGCAGGCCGUCAGUCACCAUCAUGGCUGCCACAGUAGCACGCCAGCUGCACCCUCCUCUUCCUCCAACUCUUCUUCUUCCUGUCCUCCACCUUUUGGCCCCCUCCCCUCUCUCACUCCAGACUCACGCUUUGGUGGUGGCGCCCUGGCCCUCAGUCUGAACGGAGACGGCAGUCCUACUUCUAACUACCACUCCUCCAGCCAGAGGCUGCACUGCUUCAGCGACGUGAUCGUCCCGAGCCCGCUGGACUCAUUCGGUGGUUUGAGCAGCAGACUGAGCGGCGUGCCGAUGCCCAUCGACCAAACUGAGGCUCUGCCGCUGGUGGUGCGUAAGAGCAGCGGAGGUGGCGGAGAGAACAACAACCCUUCUCUCCCUCCUCCUCCUCCUCACCAUCCCUCCCUCCAUCCUUCCCCUCUCACCGCCUCGCUCGGGUUCAGCCCUCCAUCCUUUCGCCACCCAUUCCCUCUCCCUCUCAUGGGCUACCCCUUUCAGAGCCCUCUGGGGUCACACGGAGGACCCGGGUAUCCACCAGGGCCCAAGGACCACCAUCGGGGUUCCCCCGAUUCAAUGGACAUGACCCGUGAAACGAUCAGCCUCAGAACCAAAAUGGCAUCCCUCGGAGGAGGCCAUCUCAGUCACCACCAUCACCACCACCACCGGCAGAGCUCGCCGAACCAACACGGGCCGGAGGGUCUGUCCCUGUCCCUCAUCAAGUCUGAGUGUGGGGACCUGCAAGACAUGUCUGACAUAUCGCCGUACUCAGGCAGCACCAUUCAGGAGGGCUUGUCUCCAAACCACCUGAAGAAAGCCAAGCUGAUGUUCUUCUACACUCGCUACCCUUCCUCCAACAUGCUCAAAAUCUUCUUCUCUGACGUUAAGUUCAACCGCUGCAUCACCUCCCAGCUGAUCAAGUGGUUCAGCAACUUCAGGGAGUUCUACUACAUCCAGAUGGAGAAGUUCGCCCGGCAGUCCAUCAACGAGGGCGUGACGGCCUCGGAGGAGCUGUCGGUGAGCCGCGACGCCGAGCUCUUCAGGGCGCUCAACAUGCACUACAACAAGGCCAACGACUUCGAGGUCCCCGAGCGGUUCCUGGAGGUGGCCCAGGUGACCCUCCGCGAGUUUUUCAACGCCAUCGUAGCGGGAAAGGACGCAGACCCGUCCUGGAAGAAGGCCAUCUACAAGGUGAUCUGCAAACUGGACAGCGAGGUUCCCGAGGUCUUCAAAUCCCCGAACUGUCUACAAGAGCUGCUCCACGACUGACUAGGGCGAGGGGGGAAACACCGCAAGCAGGACAAGCCUCCGAAGACCAUACGAAGAUUUUAUGACGACGUAGAUUAGACUUUAUUGAGGUUUGAGGUUCUUGACGAGACGCAGACUUGAAGCGAUCUUCUCGGAGGUUUGUUGGUGUAACUUUGGGUCAUCUUUUGAAGACAAACCGCCCUCGAGGUGUUUUAUAAAGCCAGAAAAUAUUCAAGGACUUCUACGAGGGCUCAGACUCACGAGUCAAACUUACAAAUGAUGUUGAGACUUUUAUCCAUUAAAAGCAAAAACAGUGAAAA